CUUGGCUUGUGCGAUGUCCGAGGGCAGCACACGGCGUUCACGUCGACGGGCGAAGCAAACCAAGGGAACUGAGUAUGAACAAGCACUUCAGGAAGAGAUUGUUCGACUUCGUCAGGUUGUGGAUGAAGAGCGUGCCAAGAAUACCAAACUGGUAGAGUGGGUCCAGAACACCCUCAAGCCGGGCAUUGUCUCCAUGAAGCGGGACCUGGAGGACAAGCUCAAGGCCGUCGUUGACUGGAACAAGUCUGUUCUGAAGAAUGUCUCUGACGUGACCGAUGCCAACGAGUCGCUGCUUGGCCAGCUCGACACGCAGUUUCAAGACCUCCACCGGACAACGACCAGCAAGCUCGAGGGACUCGCUGACAACCUAGAUGAGCUCAACCGCGAUCACGCUGAGCUGGAGACGUCGGUCAAGCGCGCCGAGUCGAUGGCGGCUGGCCAGCGGCUGAAGCAUGACGCUUUUGUGGCCUGGUUUAACGACCUCGAGGUGUCGUCAGUGGAGGACCGCCUUGCAGUCUCGCUCUCCACUACCCUCGGCGCCCAGACGGCUGCGGUCCACGAGGAGAUGGACGCAAAGAUCGAGGACUCGGUCUCAACGCUCGAGGCCCAGCUCGAGCAGCUAGUCUUCCGCCGCGUUGUCAAGCUUGUCGACGAGUACAAGGGGGAGAUGCGCGCCGCAUCCGAGACCAAGAACGGCGCUGCCCACGCGGUGAACCCCGAGGCCAAGAGCUCCGAGACCCACCACGCCGAUGUCUCGGCCUGGCUCGCUCACCACGGCAUCGAGAACUACUUCCCCAACUUUGCCGCUGUCGGCUUUGACACCCUCCCGGUCCUCCCCACCCUCACCGCCGACGACAUCGAGGCGCUCAACAUUCCCAAGCCCGGCCACAAGCGUGCGGUCAUCAUGGCUAUCAACGCCCUCAAGCAGCAGGCGGCCCGCGAGGACCCCGACGCGUCUAACCCACACCACGAGCUCAUUCCGCUCCGCGCCUCGGCCCUUGAGUCGUCGCUCGCGGCGCCGGCGCCGCCCAAGGCCGCGCCCGCGGGCUCUGCACCCGCCGCCACGGCCGCCACCACCGUCACCCUCGGCCCGGGUGCUGGCCUUGGCCUCUCGUCGCCGUCCGACUACCUCGGCUCGCUCGCCUCGCUCCGCGAGUCGCUCCUGCCCAACAAGCACGGCAAGGCCGCGAGUGCACCGGCGCCCGUCGCCCCGGCACCUGGCACCCAGCCUGUGGAGGGCGCCUCGUUUGCCGCGGCCAUGGGUCUACUCGGCGAUGGUGCUUCCGCGCCGCGCUCCCGCGCCGCGCCAGUCUCGCACCUCACGGUCGCCUCAGAGCCUGUCCCGCGGCGAAACCGUGCCGGCAUCCGCUCGGCCCGCGCCAGCAAGUCACGCCGCGGCGGAAGUCGCGUCAAGGCCAGCUCGGGCUCGGGCUCGGGCUCGGGCUCGGGCUCGGGCUCCCGCAGCGGCUCGUCAUCGUCGGGCGACUCGGAGGUGGCGCGCGCCAAGACCGCGUCGCGGCUCGCCAAGCUUUCGAUGCUCCUCAACUCAGACGGGUCAGAUGACGGCGAGUCUGGCGCGAGCAAGUCGUCGGCGUCGUCGGGCGACUCGGACCUUGCGCAGGACCUGACGUACCGUGCCGAGCAGCGGGCUGCGGCCAAGCGCUCGCUCGAGGCGGUGCUCCUCGAGACCGAGGCCGCCCGCUCCAAGGCCCUUCGUGACGGUUCCGAGUCGUCCGAGUCGGAGGAGACCAAGCGAGCGAACCGCCGCCUCGCGCGCAAGAAGGAGCGUAUGUCUGCCGCCCGCCGGCGGGCGCUUGCCCGCGGGGAGACCGGUCUCAUGGCCUCGGACGACGACCUUCCGCCGCCGCCGCCGGCCCGCGCGUCCAAGGCUGCCGCCGCCACUGCCGCGCGUCAGGCCAAGAAGAGCAAGGGCAAGGGCAAGAAGGCCAAGAGCAAGGCCAAGAGCAAGGCCAAGAAGGGCAAGAAGGGCAAGAAGGUCAAGAAGGGCAAGAAGAAGAACAAGUCGUCGUCGUCCUCAUCGUCGGGCUCGGGCUCGUGCUCGGGCUCGAGCGCCGGCUCCGGAGAGUCACCACCGUCGGGCGAGGCCGACGCCAGCAAGCCGCCGCGUGAGCCGCUGGCGACUGAGCAGAAGAAGACGGCCAAGGCCAAGUUUGACGAGGCCGACACCGAGUUUGAGGGCGCGAUUCCGGGCGAGCGCGUGGCCGGCGUUGUGGCGGCAUGCGAGUUUGGCCUGAGCGACGCCGAGAUUGCGGCGGUGGCCGAGGCGGUGGAGGAGGACGAGGCCGGGCGGGUGACGUUUGUGCAGCUGAUGCAUGCGCUCAAUGUGCAUGGGGUCGAGCCUGGAGCCGGCGCGGCGCCUGCUGCUGUGCCUGCUGCUGCGGCGCCUGCUUCGGCCCAGCCGCCACGCGGCGGCGGCGUCUCGAUCGGGUCUCGCUGGGAGGCCAUGCACGGGGCCGACGACGGGGCCAAGCGCGAGGCUGCACCGCCGCCGAAGCGAACGUUCAAAAAGUGGACGCCGACCGCAGAACCUGCGACCGAGGAGGCUGCGCCAGGCUCGCCGGCGAGCGCGACGUCGGGCACACCGGCGCCCAAGAAGAUCCGCCCGUGGGAGCAGCGGCUGCAGGAGGAGAAGGCGCGUCAGGCCGAGCGCGAGGAGGCGGAGCGCAAGGCCCGCGAGGCCAAGGUCGCCGCCGCCAUCGGCGACAAGAAGGCCGAGGCGCCGGUGGUCAAGUCGACGCCUGCUGGCUCCAAGUGGACGCCCGACCCGGUCCUGGUGCCCAAGGAGGAGCCGUCGGCCAAGCCGAAGCUCACCAAGGGCUCUUCGUGGCGGGACAAGGCCAACGCCGCCCAGGCGUCCGGUAAGUGGAAGGCUUCAUCGUGGCGGAAGAACCCGAAUGCCGCGGCCGUAGCCGAGACGCCGGCCGCGGCGCCUGCCGCAGCGCCUGCCGCAGCGCCUGCCGCAGCUCCCGCGGCAGCGCCGGCGGCCGACCUGCAGUCAUCGGUUGCCGCCGCAUUGGCGUCGGCCCGUGCGCGGCCGGCCCGCAAGCAGAAGGUAGAGCCUGCGGCACCGGCACCGACACCGGAGGCGGCACCGGCACCGGCACCGUCACCAGCACCAGCGUCGGCAUCGGCAUCAGCGUCGGCACCGGCACCGGCACCGGCGGCGGCCCCGGCGCCUGCCCCCGAACCAGCCCCCACCGACGCAGGGGCUGUGUCGGAUGCUGGAUCCAAGAAGAGAAAGAAGCGGCGGCGGCGCAAGUCGUCCAAAAAAGGCGACGACCUGUUUGGCACAACCGUCUCGGCUGCCGCCGUCUCAGGCGACGGAGCGUCGUCGGCCAAGGGCGGCGGUGCGAAGGCAGCCGGCUCGGACGCGUGGAUGUUUGACGGCGCCGGCGCCGCCGGAAGUGGUGCAUCGGCCGGCGCCGGAGGCAGCAGUGCUGCUGCUGCUGGCGGCGACUUUAUGGACGACUCGCUCUUCCCCGAUGCUGGCGGCGGACUGUUUGACGCCGGUGCGGGCGGAGCAGCCGCCGAGCCUGUCGCGCCCACCGCCGCUGACGACAUGCUUGCCUCAGCCUUUGACGACGGGCCAGGCCUGUUCGACACCGAGGUCGCUGAUCCGCUGUUUUCUUAACCCUUUACGGUACGCAAUGGACAAAUCUGCCCAUCGCGCAAGCCGCGUUCCGCGACGCUCCACAGACGUCGCAACGUCCACGAAUUGUUGUAAAAGAGUAGUACAAUGUGUUCAUGGCUGCCACAAC